UUAUUUGCAAGUCAAACUGAUUACGAGAGACAACAACAAGCUUCCUCUCCUAUCCUCCGUCGUGUAACCAGUCAGGCACUUCAGACCAAAUAUGAGAAGUCAACCCAAGAAAGAACCACUCAGUAUGAACUCGAAAAAACGGACAGUAACACAGGAUACCAACUGAAGAUUGGUGAGACAACAACACAGUAUGAAGUAAAAAUGCACAGUGCUGAUACUCAAACACCUGAUUAUCCCAUUCCUGUUGAAGACGCUAUUCUUCGAGAGAUUGUUUCUCCUGUCCAGUAUGCAGCACCACAAUUGCCAUCACCUAAAACAGACAGUUCAAGUCAGUACGAAAGGAAAAUGGACAGUAGCAUGAACCAAUAUGAUCUCAAAGGCAUGGAAACUGCUACCCAGCACCAGAUGAAUGAGCAAGAUGGGGCUACACAGUAUGACCUUCUACAACAAUCUAUUACAACGCAGUCCUUGAUUGAAAACCAGCUGUGUGCCAGCCAGACCGAACUCAAGACUCAACAGCAAGCUUCAUCUCCUAUCCUUCGUCGUGUUACCAGUCAGGCACUUCAGACUCCUCAACCCAAAGGAAUCCAGAAGAGCGAUGGAUUAACACAAUACGAGCUAAAACAGGAUGAAGCGUCCACCCAGUUUGGAGUAAAGAAAGAAGAUUCAACCAGUCAGCAUGUAUUCGUACAAGAUGAUAAGGUGACUCACUAUGACAUUGUCGGGCAAGAAGGUUCCACACAGUUUGAGAAGAACGAUGGAGAAAUGUCAACACAACAUGACCUGAUGGUACAAGAUAUCACAACUCAAUCUGCAGUUGUACUUCAAGAUACUACGACUCAACAUGAAUCAAUUUUGAAGGAUACACCGACCCAACAGGGAACUGAAGUGAAAGACAUUACAACACAAUCUGUAAUAGAAAACCAGCUAUUUACCAGCCAGACAGACCUGGAGACUCAGCAACAAGCUUCCUCCCCCAUCCUUCGUCGUGUCACUAGUCAAGCUCUUCAGACUCCUAAACCAACAGGAGUCCAGAUGAGUGACGGAUUGACUCAAUACGAACUAAAACAAGGGGAUGCAUCCUCACAGUCUGAACUAAAGCAGGUAGAGAAUUCAAGUCAGUAUGCAACAAGCUCUUCACAUGUCCCGACACAGUAUGACAUCGUAGGUCAACAUGGUAUGACGCAGUACGAGCUGAAGUCAGAAGAAAAACCAACUCAGUACGAUAGUCUACUUAAAGACCUUCCAAUACAGACCUCAACUGAAGGGAAAGAUCAAAUGUCAUCCCCCAUUCUUCCCAGAGUUACCAAUCAAGUAUUGCAAACGCCCAAACAAGCUAUUGCACCGUUUUCAUCGCAGCAUGAUGUCAGGACACAAGACAACACAACACAGUAUGUCUUUAAGUCGACGGAAGGUACCACUCAAGUUCCAACAAUUGCAAAGAAUGACCAAAUUUCUCAAACACAAGCAGGGAAACCGUUAAGUACAAGUAAUAUCAUUACCCAAUAUGAACCAAGAACAUCUGAUAGCUCAUGUCAACAUGAUAUGCUAACCGUCAAGGAAGGAGUGUCCCAGCAUGACCUCCUCCAAAAGGAAGGUGCAACCCAGUAUGAUUUAACAAAGCAAAGCUCGGAUUCACAAACUUUCUUCAAGACGUCCGAUGCAGGUACACUUGCGACCCCUGUACAACCAAUAUUCUCGUCUCAAAUUACACAGACUGCUUCUGAGCCUGGCAUAAUAGUGGCUGCACUUUCGACACAGACAGAUGAACCCGAAGUAACGGCAACUCGCCAUGUGGCUGCAUUCACAGAAAGAAAGCUGAAGGAUGGAGUAACACAGAUUGCCAAGAAAGAGAAAGACAGCGUCACCCAAUACGAUGUGAAGGGAGCUGACAGUCAAACACAAUCCGAACAGACACUCCAUGAAAAUGCUUCACAAUCUGAAGUCAAGAGUAUUCCCCAAGGAUCAUCUCCCAUUCUUCCACGUUCAACGAGUCAAGCUUUGCAGGCGUCCAUCCCUCAAGUCUCUAAGAGUGAUAUUACAACUCACAUCCAGUAUAAUCUGCAAAAUGCAGGCACUGGAUAUGACAGGAAGGAUCAAGACAGUGCCACACAGCAUGACAUUGUAAGAGGAGAUAGUGUUACUCAAUAUGAGUUGAGUAUGAAAGACGCAGAAUCUCAGUUGGGGGUUGAAUCUAUUGACCAGACAUCAUCACCUGUUCUACGACGAGCUAAUGACAUGCCGAGUCAAACGCCUAGUGAAAAGAUUCUCAAAACAAGAGACGAUCCAACACAAACAGAACUCAAGCAAAAUGAUUCACCAAUCCAAGCAAGUGUGAAUACUACUCAGCAGUCAUUGUCACCUCUUCUCCCAAGAGUAGCUCACCAACUUCAACAGACUGCCCAGCCUAAGGGUGUUGCAAAGACAGACAGUUCAACUCAGUUGUCGAAAAUGAUGGCAAGCGUUCCAACUCAGUCACUGAGAAUGGAAAAGGUGGAAUCAACGCAGUACAAAGUAACUGCUGAAGCUGUUAGCACGCAGUAUGAAUCAAAGGUUGAUCAUACUACAACCCAAUAUGAAGGAGGUCAAAUGGAAGCACACUCACAAUCACACUUUGAAACAGAAGAGAAAGGAACAACCCCUGCCAUUCAAUCAGAACACAAGAAUAUUUCACCAGCUCUGCAACAGGUGACUGAUAUCACUACUCAAUAUGAGAGCAUCUUGCUUGAAUCGACAACUCAAUGUAAGAUCAGUCAAAAGAAUCAAGCCUCAUUUACUGCCAUCAGCGAGACAUCGGAUCAAGUACUUCAAACGGUUGAGCAAGAGAGGCCAGCACAAUUAAGUACUACAUCGCAGUAUGAAGGCUCAAGUCAUGAUGAUGUUACUCAAUAUGAGGCCAGUGUAGUUGAAAGGACAACCCAAUUUGCACAGGAGCUUAAAGACACCAUGACACAGUUUAUGAUGAUGUAUGGUGACAGUCAAUCUCAGACAACCGUUUCAAGUUCUGAUCAAGCUACAUCACCAGUACCUGCCUUGACUGACAACAGUACUGCACAAACGAUGGAAGAAAAGAAGGUUUUGACUUCAGAAGUCAUGACGCAACAUGAAGUGAAGCUGUUGAAUCUCAUGAUUCAAACUUUGGAAGAUAAAAUCUCGACUAUCGAUUCUAACACUCAGUAUGAACGACGGUCGCAUGAGAAGAUAACUCAACAUGAGAUGCAACAGUUGGAUACCUCGACACAACAUCAGCUGAAACAACACGAUUUUGACGUACAAACAAAGUUGAGUUUGGGACAUCAAGCAACAUCCCCUCUUCUAUCAAGACACCAGAGUCAAUUGCUGCAAACCCCUGUAAUCGACACCUCUGCAAUACACGUUGUGUCUCAAACCGAGUUAAAACGUCAAGAGACAACAACACAGAUGGAAAUAUCUCUUGGAGAAGGAUCAACGCAGUAUGAAACGAAGCAGACAGAUUCUGUGAGCCAAACAUUCUCCAAAAAUCUUAACCAGAGCUCUUCUCCCAUCCUAUCACGUGCAAAGACCAGUGGAUCUCAAACAGCACAGGAAGAACCAGUCAUGACAACUCAAACAGAAGAGAAAGGAACAACCCCUGCCAUUCAAACGGCCUCUGAUCAAGCUCAUCAGACAUUCCAGUCUGUUGCCGAUGUUUCAUCUCAGCAUGUAUUGAAGAUAAACGUCACUGCCACUCAACAUGAAGUGAUUGAGAAGAGUGAAACCAGUCAAUAUGCAAUAUAUGGGGAUGAGGCGACAACUCAGUACGAAUUAUCUCUUGCACAUGCACAAUCUCAGUCCUUCACGUUGGAUGAUGAGAAAAGUACAUCUACAACUAUACCUGACUUCAAUAACCAGUAUAUGCAAACCAUGGAGAGAAAGGAGGUACCAAAGACUGAAUCAUCAACCCAAUACAUCGUGAAAGGUCAGGAAUCGACGACUCAGGCAGAGACCAGAAUUCAGCAUGACUCUACACAAUACGAAGGCGACCAAAUGGAUCACACGACACAGUAUGGACCUAGUGUCAAGGAUGGAUCUGUCCAGCAUGGAGUGAAACUUCAAGAUGCACAUUCUCAUAUUGAGGUAGGAUUUAAGGACGAAGCAACAUCAUCUACUCAUCCUACAUUCAUGGAGCAAGUUUCUCAAACAAUCUCUGAUGUGAGAUUAACUGCAGAAUCAUCAUCACAGUACUUCCUCACGCAGAAAGCUUCACACACGCAAGUAGAUGUACAGGAAAGAGAUGGCGUCAGUCAGUAUGAUCUCAAGCAGGAAGAGAGUAUGACACAAUAUGUGGAGAAUCUACAAGAUGCACAUGCUCAAUCGACGGUUGAAGUCGGAGAUGUUACAACUUCAACUCUAGAUGUGAGCCAUGCCCAUCAAAGUUUGCAGACUGCUAAACGGUCGAUGAUUGAAACUACAUCUCAGUAUGAACAGGAAUUGCUAAGUUCAACUACCCAAUCUGAGAGGGAGGACCGAGAGAUAUCGUGCCAGCAUGAGCAAAUCGGUGAAGACAGUUCAACCCAACAUGACCGAGAUACUAUGGAGAGUACGACACAGUAUGAAGCAAAUCAACAUGAUGCUUUGUCACAAAGUUUCGUUGACAUCGAACACAAGGCUUCAUCCCCGAAACUUCAGCGUCUUGCAACUCAACACUUACAGACACUUCCUUCCGGUAGUGACACUGGAACGCAGUCCCAAGUGAGUGCAGAGGGAAUCACAACACAGUACGAGAAAGAUGAGCAGGAGAGUGCAAGUCAGCAUGAAAUUCACCAGGUGGAGAGCACCACGCAGCAUGAGCUGAAACAACUUAAUGCCCAGUCCCAGUACGCUCUUGAAUCCACUAGCAAGUCAACAUCUUCAAUCUCAAUCAACUUAUCUAACAUGGCCAUGCAAACAGCCCAACACGAAGGUCAAACAGGAACACAAUAUGAGCUUUCUACUAAUGAAAGCUCUUCGCAACAUGUUAGCAAUCAACAAGACGCUUCCUCUCAGCAAAUAGUUCAAUCUGAACACAAGACUAUUUCAUCAGCUUUGCAACAGGUGACCGAUAUCACCACUCAAUAUGAGAGCAUCUUGCUUGAAUCAACAACUCAAUGUAAGAUCAGUCAAAAGAAUCAAGCCUCAUUUACUGCCAUCAGCGAGACAUCUGAUCAAGUACUUCAAACAGUUGAGCAAGAGAGGCCAGCACAAUUAAGUACUACGUCACAGUAUGAAGGCUCAAGUCAAGACAAUGUUACUCAAUAUGAGGCCAGUGUAGUUGAAAGGACAACCCAACUUGCACAGGAGCUUAAAGACACCAUGACACAGUAUAUGAUGGCGUAUGGUGACAGUCAAUCACAGACAACUGUUUCAAGUUCUGAUCAAGCUACAUCACCAGUACCUGCCUUGACUGACAACAGUACUGCACAAACGAUGGAAGAAAAGAAGGUUUUGACUUCAGAAGUCACGACACAACAUGAAGUGAAGCUGUUGAAUCUCAUGAUUCAAACUUUGGAAGAUAAAAUCUCGACUAUCGAUUCUAACACUCAGUAUGAACGACGGUCGCAUGAGAAGAUAACUCAACAUGAGAUGCAACAGUUGGAUACCUCGACGCAACAUCUGCUGAAACAACACGAUUUUGACGGACAAACAAAGUUGAGUUUGGGACACCAAGCAACAUCCCCUCUUCUAUCAAGACACCAGAGUCAAUUGCUGCAAACCCCUGUAAUCAAAACCUCUUCAAUACACGUUGUGUCUCAAACUGAAUUAAAACGUCAAGAGACAACAACACAGAUGGAAAUAUCUCUUGGAGAAGGAUCAACGCAGUAUGAAACAAAACAGACAGAUUCUGUGAGCCAGACAUUCUCCAAAAAUCUUAACCAGAGCUCUUCUCCCAUUCUAUCACGUGCGAAGACCAGUGGAACUCAACCAGCACAGGAAGUUAAGAUGCACAUGACAACUCAAUUCGAAACGAAGGCAGGUGAGUCACAGACUCAAACACAACAACACGUUGUUCAUCAGACUUCCCAGAUUCUCCCUGAGGCAUCUCAUAAAGAUUCACAGACACCCAAGGCAGAACCCAAGAUUGAGAAGAUAAGUCAGGCCGAGGUAAACCUUACUGAGAUGCAAAUGCAAACUACACCGAAUACAUCGCAGAAGGCAUCUUCACCAGUUCUAAAUCGGGCCGUCAAUAAGGAUGCUCAAACCCCGGUGAAGGAUGUGAUUCCCAAGGCUUCUCAGAUUAUCAGGUCCUCUCGAGAUUCAACAACACAGGCUUUUACAGAAUCAAAAACUUCUGAACGUGGAACAGAAGUACUCCGCAUUCAGCUAAGAACUGGUUCCACACAGGCCAACCUGCAAAAACCUGUUACCUCACACUCUGCAGUCCAGGCUAAAAAGACUGAAGUCAUGGACAAGAUGUUGGUAGUGACACCAAGUACUGUGGAUCACUCCACGCCAGCACGUGUCACAAAAUACUCAACAAAACCCACUCAAGCUGACAUCAAAGUUACCUCUAAGGCCAAUGAAGCACAAACAUCUCAUGUGGUAAGAAGUGCAACAACAACUACGGAAAAGACUGCCGUGAUGAGUGCUAUUUCUCAAACUGAAGUUUCCAAAAUGGCAAAAGAGGUGGUCACUCAAGAAAUCAGAUUAGUAGAACGAUCUGCCCUUACAAUGCCUGAAAUCAAACCUUCUGUAUUUGAAACAUCUACACAACACGAUGUUGAUGUGCAAAUGGUUGAUAGUGCUUCAGCAACAAGCCCAAUUACUCACGAAGGAAGUACUUUUACAACGCCAUGCACGGCAUUGGAACAAUCUUGCCAGACAGACGUCCAUGUAGAGGAAGAGGAAUUCAUCGAAAUUGUGUCGCAAUCGGAAGAGAUUGCACCAAUCACUUUCCGAGAAGCAAAACAUGCUGACGGUUCAACUGAAACUGAACACUAUGACCUUAAUGAAAGAGCAGUAUCUCCAUUCUCUGAUGAUCUAAACGAUGUACCAUCACAAACAAAUGUAGAGAUGGAGUCAGUUGCGGUGCAGUUUGAUGAGCCAGACUUUGGUCCCUUGUAUGUGAAUACAGUUAGCUACGUGCAAGAUGGCCGAGAAAGACACACAGAAACAAUCUUUGAAAAAGCUGUGGAAGCUCCUGCACAGACGGAAUCGGUUCUCAUGGAUGCCCAGCAGCAAACCCUCCCUGAUACUGAAGAUGGAUUUACAGAGACGGUAGCAAUGGGUAUUGACUUUGGAGAGCAGACCCAACCUCUUACCAUUGAUCAAGCUACAGUAAUGCACUCAGGACAAAUGGUGUCCAGUGAGGUACAAGUCCAAAUGGGACAGCCCUCAACACCAAUGAGAGAUACCGGAUCACAGCAUGCAUCAAGACCUGUGGAUAGUUUUGCACAGGUCGACGCAUUGACGGUUGAUGAAGGAAUGUCCACCAUCACGGUUGUCAAAUCUACAACAAGUGCUCAGUAUAGUCCCCCUGGUUCUGCACAUACUUCGCCUAAACAACAACGAAAGACCAUGGCUAAUGCAGAAACUAGUACUUCUGUUAAGUACCGACAGACGACAGAUACGCAGACAUCAAAACCGCUUCAGUAUAAUCUGUCAACUCAAUUCCGCCCGACCACGAAAAGCCAGGAAUCACUUGCCAAGAUUAUACCAGAGAGCGCAGACAUGGGUAUGGUUACCAAACCACUGUCUGCUGAUGCAGAUUCUCAGGCAAGAGUGGACCAAAGUUCAAACUCAGCACAAUGUGAUACAAAGGUAGCAGAUACACAGAGUCAAUACGAACAUCAAGAUGCUGCUGAUAUGUCGGUCCAAGUUAUGCCAACAUGUGCAGAUUUGGGCAAUUCACCAAUUUUCAAACGGAGAGAGCAUGUUGUUUCUUCGACACAGACAGACCCAAUGUUUGCAGAUUUUAGCGAUGAGUUUGAAGAUGGAGAAUUCCUUGAUACACAGUCUGACCGUAUCUCGCUAGAGGAAUUCACUUGGGACACAUUUGUUGACAAUCUGCAAGAGACUUUAGAUGGACCAGUUGUUUCCUCGUAUGAAGCACCAAUCCAGCAGAUCAAUGUCAUUCAAGAUUUUGCUGAAAUGCCAAGAGCUUGGGGAGUCGAUGCUUCUGCACAAAUUCACCCAACCCUACUUGAUAGAGGCAUAGGAACAACAGGUGCGUGGAGGCAUGAUCGUGGCAGUCAAAUUCAUCAAGUCCAUGCCACUCAUUCGACUCAAAGCGAUAUUACAACCAGAGUGUUCAAUAAUUCAUCUACUCAACAUGCAGUUGAUGUGCAGGAUAAUUCUUUGCAGCACGAUACAGUGGUUCCAUCUUCCGACAGAGCAAACUCUCCGAUCUCAACAGAGGGUAGAGAUGCUCAGUCACAGAGCAAACCAACUACAUCAGACGGGAGCACAAUGAUAACUCAUUACGAAGGGAAAGAUUUCACAAUCCAGACCACUCCUUGGACAACUGACAUGGCAAGCUCUCCUGUGUUUAAACGAAGGUCAGAGAAUGCUGUUGCCCAGAUUGCUCCAGAUACCUCUGAUGGUGGUACAUCUAUGACCGCAGUACCUUAUGCUGAUAGUAAAUUCCAGACCGAUCAGGAAUCAUUGGAUAUGUCAUCUCAGUACAUCACUACGCAUACUGACCGCUCGUCUUCGCCUAUUGAGGUUUCUUCAAACAAUGCCAGUACUCAUAUUGGAUCUCUCUUAACGGAUACCAGCACCUACAUGCCUGCCUUGGAUUCGAAGGAUCUACCAACUCAGACAUCUACCAGCACAUCAGAAGGCUCUGUCCAAUUCCAGAUCUUGACAUCUGAGCGUGUUACUGAAAUUGUUCCAGCUCCUGGAAGAGAUAUCGACUUACAAGCUUCAGUCAGAAAAUCUGACAGCAUCUCACAAUAUCGGGAGGUCAAAACUUGUGACACCGCCUCUUCACCAAUAGUUGUCAGAAAAGUAACUUCUGAAGAGAGCACAAUGAUGGCACAGAUUCAUGCUAAGGAUUUCCAUACCCAAGUGACACCACUAACAUCAGAGGGCACUUCUCAAUAUCCUUCAACUGUCACAUCUGAUAAAAUCAGUUCACCUGUAAUGCAAAAGAAGUUAACAUCUGAACACAGUUCUCAGUACCCCAAAACUGUGACAACGGACAAGGUUAUAUCUCCUGUCUUCACAAGGAAGGUCGCAAUAGAUGAAAGUACUAUGAUGAUACCGGCCGAAUCAAAGGACGGUUUCGCUCAGGUAUCACCUGUGAGAAUCGAGGGAGCAUCACAACCUAUGACGAAGACGUUUGCAGACACUCAAAGUUCUCCAAUAUUACAGAGGAAGAUUGGCACUAUAGAAGAAGGUACAAUGCCACCACCACCACAACAUGGAAAAGAUUUUACGACGCAGGUUGCACCAGUGCAAGAAGAUAUUCUUACUCAGUCCGAUGCUGUCAAGAACGCGGACGCAAAUGCACAGGUGAAGCCUGAAACAUUGGAUGGAGGCACAUUUAUGACAAAGGUGUCGUUGGCUGAUGGGUCUGUUCAGAUUCAGCCAGAUAUCCGGGACCAAUCAUCCCAGUUGUUGAUACCCUCAGAGAAUAGAUCAGUCACGACAAUACCACCAAUGAGCUCAAACGUGGAGUCGCAAAUUCAAAAGGAACUCGUUGAUGGAAAUACAUUCAUGAUCCAACGAGAAGCGAGAGAUUCAAUGGCCCAGUUUGCCCCUACUGUUACAGAUAACUCAUCCCAGUACGUAGAAUCUCCCAAAGCUGACAAGCUUAGUUCACCAAUUCUUACAAGGAAGGAAGUGUCUGAUGAAAGCACAUCAAUGAGGCCAAAAGAAGACAAAGAUUUGGGUAUUCAGAUGACCCCAACCUCAACUGAAAAAGUAAGCUCGCCUAUUCUGCAGCGGAAGGUUGCUAUAGAUGAAAGCACAACGAUGGAUUUGGCUGAGUCAAAGGAUGUGGUAAUGCAAGCAACUCCAGUUACAACAGAUUCCGUUUCACAAUCUCUAAAGAGUUCUACGACCGAUCAGCUCAGUUCCCCAGUGCUUAUAAGGAAACAGUUGAUGGAUGAGAGUACAUUGAUCCUUCCCCAGCCAGUAGAGGCCAAGGACUUUACAACACAAGCAACCCCAACCACCAUCGAAAAGAUCAGCUCGCCCGUGCUCGUUCGUAGACAGGUGAUUGAUGAAAGCACCAUGAUGGCUCUUCUUGAAGCAAAGGACUUCAACUCACAGUCCAGUCCAAAUACUACCCACAUUUCUUCUCAAUCUGAAAGAGCUACCAUGUCUAACAUGCCUAGUUCCCCUGUAUUGCUAAGGAAAACUGACGAGGGUACAAUGAUGAUAGAAAGCAAACCACACGAUUUUACAACCCAAGUUACUCCCACAACAUCAGAUGGUACUUCUCAGCCAGCCUUGCGUUCUACCUUUGAUAAACCAAGCUCUCCUGUUCUGAUCAGGAAGCAGGUUAAAGAUGAAAGUUCAAUGAUUCUGCCACCUCCUACAGAUGCCAAAGACUUUACCACCCAAGCUACUCCCACAACAUCGGAUGGUACUUCUCAGCCAGCCUUGCGUUCUACCUUUGAUAAACCAAGCUCUCCUGUACUGAUCAGAAAACAGGUUAAAGAUGAAAGUUCAAUGAUCCUGCCACCUCCUACAGAUGCCAAGGACUUUACCACCCAAGCUACUCCCACAACAUCAGAUGGUACUUCUCAGCCAGCCUUGCGUUCUACCUUUGAUAAACCAAGCUCUCCUGUACUGAUCAGGAAACAGUUGAUGGAUGAGAGUACAUUGAUCCUUCCCCAGCCUGUAGACGCCAAGGACUUUACAACACAGGCAACCCCAACCACCAUCGAAAAGAUCAGCUCGCCCGUGCUCGUUCGUAGACAAGUGAUUGAUGAAAGCACUAUGAUGGCUCUUCUUGAAGCAAAGGACUUCAACUCACAGUCCAGUCCGAAUACUACCCACAUUUCUUCUCAAUCUGAAAGAGCUACAAUGUCUGACAAGCCUAGUUCUCCCGUAUUGCAGAGGAAAACUGAUGAAGGCACGACGAUUACAGAAAGCAAACCACAAGACUUUACAACACAGGCUACACCAACUACUUCAGAAAAACAGAGUUCCCCAGUGCCAUCAAGAAAAACAGUGAUUGACGGAGGAACGAUACCAAUACCAUCUGAUGCAAAGGACUUUAAUACCCAGGCAACUCCGCCUACCACGGAAAAGCUCAGUUCUCCUGUGUUGAUUAGAAGGAAUGUGAUAGAAGAGGGUACAAUGAUGGCAUCAUUGGAAUCAAAGGACUUAUACACACAGGCUACACCUACCACAUCAGAUGGUGUUUCCCAGUCACUUAAGGAAUUGACAGUUGACAGACUAACAUCUCCGGUCCUUAUUCGUAAGGUCAUGGCCGACGAAAGCACUCUGAUUCUGCCUUUGCCUAUUGAUUCUAAAGAUUUCAACACUCAAGUAUCACCGCCAACCAUCGAAAUGGAAUCGCAGUCCGUAGACACUGCAACAUCAGAGAAGAUGAAUUCGCCAGUUUUGGUGAGGAAGGUUGCUGUCAAUGAAAGCACUAUGAUGGAACCGUCUGCUGAUGCAAAAGAUUUCACAACUCAGAUUUCGGCUACGACAACAGACUAUGGAUCUCAAUACCAGAAAACUUCAACGUCAGAAAAACUGAGCUCACCAGUUAUGCAGAGAAAGACAGCUAUUGACGAAGGAACUACAAACAUAGUUCUUGAGGCAAGAGACUUUGCAACUCAAGUUUCACCAACAGGGGUAGAUCAAAUCUCCCAAGCUAAAUGGAAGUCAACAAAUGAAACCACAACAACAGUGUCAGUUGAAGGUAAAGAUUUCACCACACAAUCCAGGCCGUCGACAUUGGAUACUUCAACACUUCCAGAAAAGCUUCCAUAUCAUGACACAGCAAGUUCUCCAAUCACCAUGAGAAAGAGUCAAGACUCACAGUCACAAGUACAGCCAUUAACAGUGGAAGACGGUACUGAAAUGGUGAAAACUGAAUCCAGCGACAGGACAUUGCAGGUUUAUCCUGAAAAUAGGAGUCAAUCAUCCCAGUACUACACCAUGAAUUUACCUGCUGACGUGAGUGUCCAGCACACACUGGAAACGCGUGAAUCCACUUCGACUCCGAGAAACAUUCAACUCACUGAUAGAGGAGGUCAAGCUCAUCCAGUGACCACAGAGUUCUCGACCCAGUAUUUAGCAAAACGAGACACCUACGAGAAAUGUACUGAAGUAGGUGGCGAAAUCUCAACACAGGAAAUUCCUGUAGACGAUGUCGUGCGUCCAACGAUUGUACAGCCCGUAGAAGCAGCUCCUGUGUUCGUGCAACCAACCAUCAGCUAUGCUGAACGACUGCGACUCAGGGAAGAGAUUCGACAAGAGGCAAAAUAUGAAUUGAGGCGAGAAAUCAAAGAGGAGCUGAUAGAAGAAAUUCGUGAAGAAAUCAUUAACGAAGUGCGAGAUGAUAUCAGAGCCGAAUUCAUUACAUCCAUGCACGAACCACAGCAACGACCACUUGUGGUGACCAAAUCUACAACUCCAGUUCAGACCAGACAGUACGAUGAGACCGUUGAAGCCAAACCUUACAUGUUGCAUGAAAAGCAGCAGGUUGAAAUCAAGCAGAAGAAUUUCGGCAACCAACACAAAGCUCCCGAAAAGAUUUCUGAGCCAACAAAGAAGGAGGAAGUAUCGCCUGUCCGACAGAGUCUGGUUCCAGUGAGGGAACCUCCUAGUGAGGAGUUUAUAACAACAAUUAAACAUGAAGUAAGAGAUGAAGUUAUCGACGAACUGACUGAGGAGUUGACUACCAGCAUCCGAGACCAACUCAGUCUUGAACUGAAAGAGGAGUUUAAAGAAGAGAUGAGGGAAACGGUCAUGGAAGAGUUUAGAGAGGAGAUAUUUGACGACUAUCGUGAAGAGCUAAUAGUUGAGUUUGCUCCUCGAAUCAAACAUGAAAUUGAGGAAGAGGUACGGGAAGAUUUGGAGGUAACCAUCAGAAGAGAGCUCGAACCUCGAAUCCGUGAAGAGAUUAAAGAGGAAUAUAUCCAAGAGCGGGUGAAAGAACUUUUGGUAGAAAGUCUAAGUUUCCAGGCACCGAAAGAACCAGACAUCAAGACCAAGCCAUCCACUGUUGAACGAGGUACCUUACCUCCAUACAGUAAGGCUUUGGACAAUUCAACUGAAAUGCUUGUUGUUAGCAAAGAUGCUUCUGUGCAGAUGGAGGAAAUAAAGCCAGUGAAGAUUGACGAGGUCUGCCAGACUCAGAUUCGGAACAGCACCAGAGGUACAUCCACCAUCAGAUCGGAUACGAAAGAUUCAAAGACUCAAGUUCAUCCAACAACAAGCGAUCGUGGCACCACACCGGCUAAACAGAACAACCUACAUUCGGCUUCUCAGACAGAUAUCACUCUUAUGAAACAUCAUGGCGGACAGAGUGCUCUUCUUCCAGAACUAGUACAUCAAUCAUUACAGGUGAUAAUGCGACCUCUACAAACUCACCAGACAGUAGAGACCAGGUAUGAUGUCACAUCUAAGCAAACAUCUAUGACACCAAGACAACACAACCCUGCGUACUCACAAACAGAAAUGCAGAGAGAGUCCCGUGUUACACAGGCUAACGUCGCUCAAAAGGAGUUUGCCAUGCAGUCACGACAACCUAGGCCUCUUUCAAACACUGGCAUGCAAUUUGUGCCAACCACAGCCCAGAAGGAAACUAUGUACUCGCCGAAGCGGCUCUCAAGCACCCAGUCACAGUCAUUCACAAUGCCUACUAGGCACACAUCAAUAGAACCUGACAGAAGUAUUGGCCGCGUCAGCAGAGCAGUGCAACCACAGAAGCGAUCGGAUGUUACUGAUCACAUUGUCCAGAUAGAGCCAGUAACCAGAGAAGGAGCGUCUUCACCGUUUUUCUUCCCAGAGGAGAAAAUCCCUACUCAUGACCGGUCACUCUCACCAGUGAUUUUCUACAGUCAACGCCCAGAAUUUGAAUCUACACCCCCCGGCUUGGAAUCUCUGUCACCUCGACCCAUUGGGAAAAUGAUGACCCCUCCAACAUCUCAACUCAAACAGCCCAAGAAAGUGACAAUAGAGAUGCCUUCGACAGAGAGAACACCACUGCGGUUGACACCGGUUACUCCACCAGAGACACAAAGACAAUUCCAGUCUGGAUUCAGGCUUCAUGACCGGACAAAAGACUCAUCAACUCGUCUCUUUGAUUCUGAGGUGAGCAGGACGGUCCAGGGUAUCGAAAAACUUGAGCCAUCUCGUGAAGUUACGUACCAACAGCCGGUCGCCCAGUACAGACCUCGCAGUACCUUCCACACUCGUACAGAUAUCCAAGAAUCUCAUUCAACAAUCAAUCAGGUUAUCGUCGACAACAUGCCACCGAAUUGUAGAAUGGUUCUUGUUCAUCAAACAACUGCUGGGACCACAUACACAACAGCUAUGAUGACGGAAUCAUUAUCUCGCACGUCUAUGACAACAAUGAGCAGUGGCAGUGUUCUCACUCAGAUGAGUUAUAAACCACCUACGUUCCUAAAAUCUGAUGAUGCCGACUCGCUGGAGCUCUCAGAUCCCGAUUCCCUUGAUGAAAAAAGUGACUCAUCAAAAGUUGAUGAAUUGGAAAGAAUAAGACGAGAUCUGAGGUUGUCAAAAGUGAUUUCAUCUGGAGAUCAAACAACUCUUGUGAGCUACCUUGUAGAUGACAAGAAGCCUACAGGACGACCUUCACUGGGAAUGAGCCCCUAUUCAACGCGGCCUAAGUCAACAAAGGAGCUUCUUUAUGGUAAACCUGGUUUCCCGAAAGUUGACCAAGGACCUAGUGACAGACUUCAUGAUGAAAAAGGCUCGCCCAUCCCAUCAAUUCUAGGAGAAACUCCAACGGAACUAACAUCAUCUGCUUCUCCAGGAAUGAAGCCAACUCACAUCAUGCAUCGAAAACCACGCCCCUCACCUGAAUCAACCCCAAUGGUGACUCGCCUUGAAGAACUUCUCCGUAAAUCAACACCAACUAACUAUGGAGAUUACGGGUGGCUGAUGGAGAAAGGUCCAGAAAAACCUAAGAAAGACGAAUAUGAUCUGCCAUCGGUAGAGAAACUCAGAACUCGGUUCACCAAACCCAGAGACGGUCCUCCAGGACGUCCCGCAGAUGACUCACCAAGUGACAUAGAAUCUGAAGUCAAUACCACCGAUUCAGAAACUGAUUCAGAAUCCUGGCAAGCAGUCAUGGAUUUCCAGAGUCCAUAUCUCCAUGAGGACCCCAAAUACUGGCCCUACACAAGACCACACAGGGCACCAGGGGUACCUAGCUCCGAAUCCGAAGCUUAUGAUUCAGACGACGACACGCAGACUGUGUGUGGAGAGUUUGACUUGACGACACUAAGAGGCAUCGAGUCCUCAUCAUCUGAAGAAGACAUCAACCUGCCAUCUGCAGAAGCCCCGCGACGUAGGAAACAAUCCUCAAAGUUCAAGACGAGCCUCAUCAGGAAAGAACUUUCCCUCUCAGAGGUGGUGUCUCCCAGGGCUCCUGCCUCCCUAACCAGCUACCAAUCUAUGCCUGACGGUGAGCAUCCACUCGCUGGACGACGAAGCAAAUCUAUGUCUGAUCUGAGGAGACCGGCCGCUUCAGUCAGCGGAAGUGGAAUGUCCAGAGCCGAAUGGGUGCCUUCGGAAUCCAGAUACGCCCGGGUAGUAGAGAGAGUUCGCGACACCAGACCAUCUUGGGGGCGCUACUCAAGGCUCUCUACCUCUGAGACUGACAUUUCACCGAGAAAAUCUCUCCAUGACUUUGGGAAGUUUUAGACGAAUGCUACCAUCAAGAGAUAAUCACUCCGCGACCUCGAUAAUCUAGAUGAAUUCUUCUACCAGGAGAUGUCAAGUGGAAGGAUUGUAACUACCAAUAAAUAUUAAUUGUUGACAAUAUAGAAGAAUCCAUUUUUUGUAACGAGGUCGUGUUUGUAUAAGACGUAUUUCUCAUCUGUUCAUAGAGAGAUUGUGAAAGCCCCAAAAUAAGUAAUUUGUAAAAUUACUUAAAAGUGCUUUUUUAUAGAAAAUGCUUCUUUGCAUAGUUAUCUCAACAAAAAGCUACAGUAAACACGAAAAACGUAGAAUUGAAUAAUAUAAAUAUGAUUAAGAUGUAGAAUCAAGAGCGUAGUUAAUAAGUGAAUGCAAAUUUAAAUAGAUAAAUAAAUGAUAAUAACAAUAAUGUGUUUAAUUCAUAUUUUUUUUAUUAUAAGAUUCUUGAUAAAGCAAAACAGUAUAUGAUAUCUUACAAUAUUUUUAAUGUUCAUGUGAAGCAAAUGUUAAAGACUUUUCAAGUUAAUAUUUUAUGAAGUGUUAUGUAAAUAAAUUUAUAUAUAUUAUUAUGUUAUCUUUCGUGAUAUAUGUGCAUCAAGAACAUUAAACAAAUUACCAUUGUUUACAUAAAUCUUACUUUCCUAGAUAUUACUUUAGCUGCACAUAACAUUAAUGUUAUGCUAUCUUUUGAUUGCAAUUGUAUCAUAAUGUUAAGUAAGAUAUUGCGAUUAAUCGUGAUAUUUGAAAUUAUUCAUAUUAUUCAAAAGUCACAUAUUACGAAAAAUAAAGUGAUAUCCUUACACUUCAAAUUCGUAGGAUCAGUCACUUUAGUGUAUAAAAUUCAAAAAAAAAAUAAUAAUUGUUUUAUUUUACAUUAUAUUGUUAUCAUGUGUGUUAUAUAAGCGUUCUUGUCAAAACAAUCGAAUUUCAGAAGAAAAACACACAAAAGUCAAAUAUAAAAUUAUUGAAUUUUUUAUAUUGUAAAAAUUGUAAAAAAUGAUUGAUUUUUAAAGUUUUUUAUGAAUAUGAAUUUUUGUUAUGUUAAUAAAAGAAGGCUAUUGUAUUAAAAAUAUAUUAUCCAAGAUUCAUGUGAAAGUUGGUAGUGAUAUUUAAUGCCAUAUCAGGUCUUUCAUACUUCUACGUCAGUGUAAGUUUUUAAAUAAAAGAUUGCAUUGUUGUAUGAAAAAAAAUGUCGAAGUAUUUGAAUAAUGUUAUAUUUAAGCAGCAAAGUAUUUUAAUGAAUGUGAUGUUGCAUAGAUUUAAAUAUAUCAAUGCUUUCAUUAUGUACUGUGUGCUUACUUAUGUCACUGUUGAAUAUCUAACACUCAAAGUGUAACUAUGAAUGUAAAAAUAGCAGUACGUCUUUAUAGCGGCUAUAUAUUGUUGUAUAAUUAUAAUAUGUAUUUCAUUCAAACUGAAUUUCUGAUAGACUUCAAAGUUGAAUUUAUAACAACUUUGUUACUCUUGCUUAUUUUGCACUGUGUAUACCCAUGUAUAUUCACAUAUUUAUUCAUGUGUAACAUUUAUAUGAAUCUAAAUUCAAGUAAAUUGGUAUAUAUACACUCAGUGUACCAAUUCACAGAUAUCACUUUCAUAAUAUUCCACAAUGCCUAAUCAAAAUAACUUCCAUAUAUUUAUCCAAAAAUAUUGCGUAUUAUGCUUAUUUUUCUAUUUCCAUCUAAAGACUUCAUCCUACACUUUAAUAUUUUACAUGAGAUGAUUAUUUGCAUAUUUAUACUGAAUUUUUGUAUACAAAAUAAGCUUAUAUCAUGUUGGUUGUUAUAUUUUGCUUCUAUUCUAUGCAAAGUAGUGCUUUAAUCUACACCCAUUUUUACAUUGUACAUAAAUGUCAUUUUAGUUGAUAGGAAAAUAAGAGACAGUGAGGCGUAUUUUUUAGAAUGUUUACCCGGUAUAUGAUAUGUUUCACAAAUGUAAUGUACAACGACUGAACAACAAAAAAGUGUAUUUAGAGGAAUGACUUUUGAUAUUACUUCAGUAUAACGGAGAGAACCGUCAUAAACAUUUCCAUUUAUAGCUGUGUAUACAUACCGCGAAAUUACACUAUACAAAUUAAAUGACUAUGUCGGGAGGGGGUCUCGAAAAUGAUAAUAUAUAAAACUGUAAAGUACAGCUACGUCUCACGUUCCUAGACCAUAUUCUUCACGCCUAUAUAUAUAUAUAUAUUAAUCAUGUAUAAAUAAUAUUAUCGACUUAUUAUGUCGAAUGCACAGUACUUAUACAGACGAGUGGGCUAAGAAGACGUGAGUUCAACCUGCUUAAACUCAAGGCAUGAAGGUCAUUCUGAACGCAAGUUAUUUAUAUAUUUUACUAUAAUUUGUUAUCAUAAAAGACAAUAUACAUGACACGUUGUUCUCCGCAAUAGGAGUUAAAUUAGAGUUUUAAUCGUAUUAUUUUGCAAAGUAUAGCAACACUAACUUCUAGUAAAUCUUACUAUGUUCACAUGCCGCUUAAUAAAAUGCUAUGCACUAAUAAUUAGAAGAAUA